AUGUUAACAGAUACCUGUUAUACAGUAAUUCACCAAGAUGACAGUUCAGAGCAGCCUUCAUUACAGGAACUUAAAACUGCUCUUGAAAAAGGCUCAGAGGAAGCCAAGAUUGAAACAAUGAAAAAGAUCCUGGUCACAAUGUUAAACGGCGAUCCUCUACCUCAACUUUUAAUGCAUGUAAUUCGUUUUGUAUUGCCGUCAAAGAGUAAAGCCUUAAAAAAACUAUUACAUUUUUAUUGGGAAAUUUGUCCAAAAACUAAUUCUGAUGGAAAACUUAAACAAGAGAUGAUUUUAGUUUGCAACGCGCUGAGAAAAGAUUUACAACACCCAAACGAAUAUAUAAGAGGUGCAACGCUUCGUUUCUUAUGUAAACUUCGUGAGCCAGAAUUACUUGAGCCUUUAGUUCCAUCAUGUAGAUCUUGUUUGGAACAUCGACAUUCUUAUGUCAGAAAAAAUGCUGUAUUUGCUAUUUAUACAAUAUAUAAGCAUUUUGAAUACCUUAUCCCUGAUGCUCCAGAAUUAAUUCAAAGUUUUUUGGUUGUGGAAGGCGAUCAAACUUGUAAACGAAAUGCUUUUGUGAUGCUUUGUAACACCAAUCAAGCGCGAGCUGUUGAAUAUCUUAAUGAUGUUUUUGAUCAAGUUCCUAACUUUGAUGAACUAUUGCAAUUGUCUGUUAUCGAAUUAAUUAGAAAGGAUUGUCGAAACAGUAGUACUAAUAGGGGAAAAUAUAUAAGAUGUAUCUUUGAUUUAUUAAAUGCUCCAUCCCAUUCUGUAAAAUAUGAAGCUGCUACUUCUUUGAUGGCUCUUACUCAUGCGCCAGCUGCUGUAAAAGCUGCUGCAUCUUGUUAUAUUGAGCUGAUUAUUAAGGAGUCUGAUAAUAACAUCAAACUGAUUGUGUUAGAUCGUUUGGAUGAAUUACGUGAAAAGCAUGAACAAACUUUAGAUGAUUUGGUAUUAGAUAUCCUAAGAGUAUUGACAAGUCCAGAUAUUGAAGUAAGGAGAAAAGCUUUACGUAUCGGAUUAGAUCUAAUAUCUAGUCGAAACGUUCAAGAAGUUGUUGUUUUUUUGAAAAAAGAAUUGAGCAAGACUCUUGAUCAAGAUUAUGAGAAGAACAAUGAAUACAGACAAUUAUUAAUUCAAUCGAUACAUGGAUGUGCAAUUAAAUUUUCAGAAGUUGCUGAAAAUGUUGUUCAUGUACUUAUGGAAUUUUUGGGCGAUUCAAAUAACCCUGCAGCAGUUGAUGUUAUUUCAUUCGUAAGAGAAGUUGUAGAGAAGUUUCCUAAUUUGCGAUCAUCCAUAACCGAAAAAUUACUUGAAACAUUCAUGGAUAUAAAAUCUCCAAAAGUUUUUAGAGGAGCAUUAUGGAUUGUAGGAGAAUAUUGUAUUGAACACAAAGAUAUUGAAGAGGCUUGGAAACAAAUCAGAGGAGGACUUGGAGAAAUUCCAAUUUUAGCUUCUGAACAGCGUUUACUUGAAGAAGUGGAAAAAGAUGAAAAGGGGGACGAUGCUAAUAUUUCAGAAAGCAAAACAUCCACUAUCAAUAAUUCAUCACGUCGCGUUCUUGCUGACGGGACUUAUGCUACUGAAACUAUAUUUUCAUCAAACUCGUCAAAUUUAGCAAGACUUGAGGCACUAAAAUCAGCAACAAAACCUCCAAUUAGAGGUGAUUUCUUCCUUGGAUCUGUAUUAGCUUCAACAUUAACAAAAUUAGUUAUGCGAUAUUCUGAAAAUUCAAAUGACCAAAAAAAAAUAAAUUCCUUGAGAGCCGAGGCGAUGCUUAUAAUGGCUAGUGUUAUUCGUGUUGGACAAUCUCAAUUUGUAACAAAUCCAAUUGAUGAAGACUCUUAUGAUCGAAUACUGUCUUGUUUACAUGUUUUAGAACAAUUUUCAAAUGAUUUAGCCAUUAAAAAUAUAUUUUUACAAGAUACAAAAGCAUCAUUUACGAGAAUUGUGGAGGCAGAAGAAGUAAAUUGA